ACAGUAAAACAAGGCACACUGAUUCUUGGCCGUGUGCGGCAAGUCAUAGAGACCAAGGUGAAUAUAAUGCUGCCAUGCAGACUGAUGGGCUCUGUGGUGGCUUGUCAUAUAAGUGAGCCAUAUAACAAACUUCUUGAAGCUUAUGUUAAUGAUCAGAUAGAAAAAGUUUGUGAACUGCCUGACAUGUUCCGUCCGGGCCAGUAUGUAGCCUUGAAGGUGUUGGAAACAGAGAAAGACUACCUCAUGCUGUCCAUGAUGCCUCAGCAUGUCAAUGGGGGGAAGAUACACGCUGACUUGCAUAACGGCUGUCUCCUCCAAGCUGCAGUGUCGUCAGUGGAAGACCACGGAUACGUGAUGGACAUCGGUAUACCAAACACUAGAGCAUUUUUGCCUAAGAAGCACGUCAAUCCAGAAAUAGAACUAGAUGUUGGCUUCAUAACAUGGGUUGCUGUCAAGGCGGUGUCACCGUCCACGGACAACAGCAUAGUGACUCUCACCGGAGAACUAUCAGCGAUUCAAGCGGGGGUACUAAGGAAGAAACCCAGUACCCCUUUGCUACCUGCCACUGCUGUAGACUUUACGGUUGAUCGGCCUCUGGACAACGGUAUCGAAGGUCACAUAUUCGGUAACACCACUGCCUACAUCCAGCAGCAACACGCGGAUAGCGUUAAAGGGAAGAAACCAGCUCUCGGACAGAAGAUACGAGCUCGUGUACUAUACGUGAUGCCCACGCGCAACACUCCAUUCCUGACUAUGAGGAACAUCUUUGACACCACUUACCCUGACUUAGAAGACGAGCAAAAAUUUAAAGAGGGAGACGUCGUUGAUAAUGCUCAG